AUGGAGGUGGCGGCUCUCGGUCGGCCUUUCAGACUCGGGAUGUUGUACGACUGCCGCAGUGACUUACUCGUGCCUGGAAUGACCCUGUGGGACUGUGAUGACCUGAUGAAGCAUGUUGGAAAUCAAUCACAAAACUGUAAUGAAUUUGAGAUAGUUGCCUCUGAAUCAAUUGAGGAUAAAUCCUCUGCACUCGGUGUUGAAGCAUCACUGAAAGCAAGUCUCCUGGGUGGACUUGUACAGGUAAAUGGAUCAGCGAAAUACCUGAACGACAGUAAGACUUCCAAAAACCAAGCCAGAGUAACACUGAAGUACAAAGCAACUACAAAGUUCCAGGAACUAUCAAUGAAUCAUCUUGGAACAAAAAAUGUGAAACAUCCUUAUGUUUUUGACAAAGGAAUAACAACACAUGUAGUCACAGCGAUUCUUUAUGGGGCACAAGCCUUCUUCGUCUUUGACCAAGAGGUUUCUCAAAAAGAAGAUCAACAAGACAUUGAGGGCAACUUGAAGUUAGACAUCAAGAAAAUACCUUCCCUUUCUAUAGAGGGUGAUGGUUCACUGAAAAUGGAGGAAAAGGAAAAAGUUAGUGUUGAGAAGCUCUCCUGUAGUUUCUUUGGAGACUUUUCCCUUCAGAAAAUGCCAACAUCGUUUCAGGAAGCAGUGCAAGUCUACCAAAGUCUGCCUAAACUGCUGGGAGCCAAUGGAGAAAACGUAGUACCAAUGAAGGUCUGGCUGCUGCCUCUGACAACUUUAGAUUCUUCUGCUGCUAAACUUGUACGUCAGAUAAGUGAAAGUUUAGUUCAAGACUCACAGAAUGUCCUGGAGGACCUCAAUGAGCUGGAAAUGAGGUGUAACGAUGCAUUGAGAACCACCACAGCAAAGCAGUUCCCACAGAUCAGCGAAAAGAUGAAAACUUUUCAAAGUAUGUGCUCUGGUUUCAAACUGGAAUUCCAACAAACAUUGGCAAAGAGACUUCCAUCUAUCCGGGGAGGAGGAGAAGAGGAGGCUGUGCUCGCAGAUGUCCUGAGGAAAAUACACUCUUCUCCAUUCAACAACAACAACCUGACUGAGUGGAUGGAUUGUAAAGAGAGAGAGAUCAACACAUUAUUGUCUUUAACAGACACGAUGAAGAACACAGAGGUUGUACCAUCUCAGAAUGACCUUUACAAAGAAAGUCUAAGAACAGAACAUGCUGUGUGUUUUGUUUUCACCUCAAUGGGAGUCGAUGAACCGUACCUCUCAGCUUUGUCAAACUACUUUAGACAAACACCAGAACCAGACAACCCUCAAGAUCCACAUACUCAGGAUGUAGAGAAGGAACAAUGGUAUGCUGGUAAGGAAGUAACAGACUCCAUGAGGAAAAAAGCAAAGCUCUUCAAUGACUUUGCAGAGGCCAACCAGGAGAACAAGAACGUUAAGUUCUUGUCAGUCGGAAUAACAAAUGAGACACAGAAAGGUUCGAGCAUCUACCUUUAUAAAGAGGGCUUUUCUGUCACUGAGAACUUUGAGCCGCCUUCAAAGCCUGAAACAGUCACAGUAAGAGACGUAAACCACAACAGUGUGACACUGAAGAUUGAUCCACCAAAGUUUGGAUCAGAGAGCAUCACCUCCUACUCUGUUGAGUACUGUGUCAGUGGAGAGGAAGGAUGGAAACAACAGAUGGCAUCAAAACCUGAAGAGGUCACAGUGGGUGAUCUGAGUCCAAACACAGAGUAUAAGAUCAGGUGCAGAGCAGUGACCUCUGUAGGUGUUGGACCAGCCAAUCAUGUCAGUGGUUCCAUUAAAACCUUACCCUGCAGCCCUCCUGGAAAACCUAAAGUUAUACCAAACUUAAGUGAGAUAUCAGUGAGCUGGAAGAAACCGGCUGAGCUUGGAAAAGGUGUCCACUACAUCGUGGAGUACGCUGAAACAAACAAGAGAACAGACAAAGAGGAGGAUCUCCAGUGGAAACAAAUGAUAACAGGAGCUGAGAAGAUGAUCAUUUCAGGGCUUCAGUCAGAGACAGAAUAUGUUGUCAGGGUCAGAUGUGAUUGUGGUGCAGCUGGCAGAAGCAAGGAGAGCAUUACUGUGAAAGUCUGCACAAUAAUCCUUCCUCUUGCAGAUAUACUCAAAAUGAAAAGCAAAAGGAUAAACUAUGCCUCACCCUCAGUUUACAAACUGCCUCUGGAAAAAGAAGAGAUGAACAUAGAUGGAUGUCGGAGGUUUAACUUUGGCAAAGAAAACACGAGACAGAAUCGCACAAUAAUGCUUGUGGGAGCGACCGGAUCAGGAAAGUCCACUCUGAUCAAUGCAAUGGUCAACUACAUUGUUGGAGUGAACUGGGAGGAUGAUUUCAGAUUUAAAUUAAUUGAAGAGGAUGAGUCCAGAUCCCAAGGUGAAAGUCAGACUUCUGAAGUCACUGUGUACAAAAUCAACCACCAGGAAGGCUUUAAAAUAGAUUACUCAGUGACCAUCAUUGACACUCCAGACUUUGGAGACACAAGAGGCAUAGAGAGAAACAGAGAGAUCACAGACCAGCUGAGGAAUCUCUUCUCUUCUCAGCGUGGUGUUAGUGAAAUUGAUGCUGUGUGUUUUGUUGCUCAGGCCUCUUUAGCUCGACUCACACCGUCUCAGAAAUAUGUGUUUGAUUCUGGGCUCUCAAUCUUUGGCAAAGACAUCGCAGAAAACAUCAGGGUUCUGGUGACGUUUGCUGAUGACCAGCCCCCACCUGUCCUGGAGGCGAUCAAGGUUGCAGACGUCCCGUGUCCUAAAACAGAAGACGGCCUGCUGAUUGACUUCAAAUUCAAUAAUUCAGCUUUGUUUGUGGAAAACAAGUCAUCUGCAAAAGGCAUGAGGGGAGGGGUGGGAAGCUUCAAUGAGGUGUUUUGGAACAUGGGGACAGAGAGCAUGAAGAGGUUAUUUGAUGCUUUAAAUCUCAUGCAAUCCAAAAUCUUGACACUGACAAAGGAGGUCCUCGGAGAAAGAUAUCAGCUUGAAAAGUUGCAGGAGCAGGUUAAAGUUGGGUUAGCCAAGCUCCAGGACAUAAAAAAGACAGAAGAAAAACUGAAGGAGUAUAACUCACUUGGUGAGGCAUGGAUUGGAAAACUGAAGGUUAAACAUGAUAAUGCGCAGGCUGAGGUGAAGGAACUAAUUUUUGGAUCUGCAAAGUGUCUAAACAGACUUAAAGAGAUCGCACUGAGGCCAGAUCCUCUCUCCUAUCCAGAGUACAUUGACAUGCUCAUUGAAGGAGAGAAAUCUGAGGCCAAACCAGGCUGGCACAAGCAAGUUCAGUCCCUGAUGAAAAUAAGAGAACAAGCAGAGAUCAUAGCCAAAGUAGGCAGAGGAGAGGCCCCCCACGUCUAG